AUGCCAGCAACAGUUAAAUGGAAGGAGCUUCACGUAAAAUCCAAAAAGCCAUUCGCAAGAGAAUACCAUGCCAGUCACAUAUGCAAUCUACCUAGAUCUGAUCAUCCGGACAAGAAGAUUGACCCUCAUCUUGUUAUCUUUUGGGGUGGUGGUCAUCGUAUUCGCUCAGACAUUUGGGCAAUCCAUCCACGGGACGCUCAUUGGAAGGAACUCUCCUUUGAAUUUGUACCUACUCUGCUCGAUGCUAAUGGCGACUGGGACGAGAUAAUACCUACUGCUGCGGGUGCUAGCUGCAUCGAUGCUGUAAACAAUAACGUGUAUAUAUACGGAGGCAUCUAUCCAGCCGAAGAUGAAGACCAUAAAGGUGAUCAGGCGCAACGUGCCUUGUCGCCCUACCUAGUCAAGUUCGAUAUGACCGCAUUGACUAGUACGAUUAUCAGCAAUAUACUCGAAAACGACGACAACCAAAAUCCCAGCUAUAGAGCUCAAGCUACCCUUACUUACAUACCACCACAUCCACCAACUCGACCAAAUCCAUGCUUGUACCUACUCGGCGGUCUGGAACAAUCAGGGCUGCCUACAAACGAUGUCCAUAUAUUCGACCUCGUAGAUCGUAAAUGGAGUAAACCUGCAGUAGAAGGCACACCUCCCAGCCCACGAGCAGAUCACUCAGCCGUAUACUAUCCGCCCAAAAACUGUAUAUAUAUUUAUGGAGGCACUAGUAGGAGAGGUGGCCGUCCACUAUGUCGGGAACCUGAUAUGCAUUGUCUCAUGCUCGAUUCUAUGAAGUGGCGGGAAGUCAAACCUUUACUCGAGGCUCCAUUGCCACGAGGACUGCACACUGCUGUUAGUUAUGGUAAUAAGAUGGUUAUAUUUGGUGGUCGAGAGUUUCCGCCGAUAGAUCCUCUUCCUCCAGCCCCUUCUGGUGCCAAAGCAACUGGAACACCAGAGUUUCGUUCUGUAAAGCCCAGCAGUGAAGUUUAUGUAUUCAAUCUCGAUUCUGAGCGAAUGGAACUGGUCUUAAAACAGCAAAGUUUGAGCUUGAAGAAACCUGAAGCUCGAGCUUGUCAUAGUGCUUGCAUGUUGGGAACUACAAUGUACAUAUUUGGUGGAUCCACCAGCCAAUCCAUAUACUCACCUGCCGAUCGAUUCCGAAAUGAUUUGUGGCGACUAGAUCUCUUCCCACCAGUACCUAUAGCAGGCACCAUUGACGCUACUCCGUAUGGCCAACGUGAAAUAAGAGUCAAAUGGUCGGAUACAGUGAGACGGUCAACAGACGAAAGCUAUCGUGUCUCCAUUCGUCGUCAAGUGACUGAUGGAUCAGCUGUAGAUAAAUGGGUCAAAGUAUAUGAAGGAUCCAACAAGCAAACUGUCAUUAAGAGUUCUCGAGAUUUUUCCAUCACUGCAAGUGGCACUCAAGAUGUACUAGGUGAAAUGGGACGAUAUGAAGUUGCAGUUCUGGUCUCCAACUUUGCUGGCCUUUCCUCAUAUUGGCAACAAAGUACAUCGUCGUCACGUCGUAUCGGUGAAGAAGAGAUUGAUGGUAGUACUGUCGUCGUUAUGCCACCUCGACAAACUGCCAAUCCACCACGAAAUAUUAAUGUUGUUAUUGAAGAACUUCCUGAUGAUGCACGAGCCACGAAAGAGCCUUCCUUACCACAAUAUAACUUUAAUCUAAGUUGGGAGUUAGGUGAAAAGGUGGAGGGAGAGACUGUUACGUCACAUACUGUUGAAGUUUGCUGUGUUGUAACUGUCCCUUUUGCACUUCCUCCUCCUCCAUCAGUGGAAGCUGUUGCUGAGGAUGUGACGAGUAAAUCUAUGGAAAGCCUUGAGAUGAAGCCAGAAAUCUUAAAGGUUCAAGCAGAUGGUGGUCAAACUGUAAUUAAUAGUAAUGACGACGAUGUGUCGAAGGAUGCCAAAAUGGAGGAUGCGCCAUUGAAGACAGAGAUGACUGCAGAUAUGCAUCAAAGGACUACAGAGCUCGAAGAUGUUGAGAUGACAGAUGCAACGUCAAUAAAUAUGGCUCCUGCUGAUGAUAAGAACGAUGAUAUGGAAAUAAUCAGCCCUACAGUCAAGAUGCAUGAUGCUUUAGAACUAUCUGCUAUAGUCCCACCCUUACCAUCUGCGUCGGUGGAUAAGCCCUCCGCAGCAAUACCAGCAGAACCUGAGAAAUCCGUUGUAGAUGUGGACUCAGAUGCAAUGGAAACUGGUGGGGGUAUGGAAGAAUCGACGACAGUGUCAGAACCAGGACUACCGCCAGAACCAGAAGUAUUCACAGGUGAAUGGGGCCUUAUUCUUCCUGGAGCUGCUGGUAAUGCGACUAGCAUCUCAGUUGGUUCUAGACGACUACAUCUCAUGUUUGGCCACGCAACCUUCCCUCUGCCACAAGGUAUUAAAGAUUGGCCUCACAUCGAUAUUGAUGUUGUAUAUAAAUUCAGAAUAGCUGCUGUGAGUGAUGCUGGUCGAGGUGCUUGGAGUGAUGAAUUGAGUGCAAAGUCGAUUCACAUUUCACCUCCAGUUAUCAAAGCACCACCUAAACAACCAACACCACCACCAGGCGAAGAGGCCAAAAUCGAUUCAACUGCUGCUGGUAGUAGAGCUUCUCAAGAAAAAGAGGAACGUGAUGGUACUCAGACAGGCGAUGAGACGGAAGCUAAGGUUAAACCUUCUAAAUCGUCACAACCACCACAACGUAAAUCUAUAAUUCCAAAGACAGUUCCCAAAGGUGAAUACAGACCUGAAAGACGAGGUGAGGAUUUAGUAAAAGCUGAAAAGAAGGUCGACGAGAGGGCUGAAAGAGCCGAGCGAAGAGCAGCUGACGAGAAGGAGAAAUCAGAAUCUCCAGCCAUCCAACCGCCACCUUCAAAACCUGCUCCGCCACCUGAACGAUCAAUACGUGCUGAAGAUUAUAUAGCUUGGAUCGAAAUCAUUCGAGAAGUAAAUGCAAACUUCCAAGUACCCAAGAAUGCAGCAUGUGCAAAUUGGGUAUCAGGUUUUAUAUCUAGACGUAGAUUACCCACAAUUAAAGUCAAGUCCUCUAAAAACACCAAGACUACUGGUGUACCCACAAUCAUGAAGGCAGAAUUCUUGGACGAGUUUAUCAAGAAAUAUGGAGAUGAUUUUAUAGAAGUUGCAUCUCAAGGAGGAUCUGCAGUAUCAAAGAGAGGUAGUAAAGAAGGAGUCGGUAAAGGCAAACAGUCUGUUGAGGAGGAAGACGAUGGUGAAGAUAAUAAUGAUAAUCCUGAUGAAGGUGACAAUCCUGGUGAUCAAGCCGACGAUAAAGUUGAUCAACCUAAUACCACCGAUACUGGUAGUCAACUCGAUAAAGCAUCAUCGCUUGACCAGCCUGCCGACGAAAUCAAGCUUGAUGUCAGUGAAGUAGUCAAAGAACCAACUGCGACUUCUAUCACUACUACAACAGUUGAAGUGGAUCUAGCUGCUAGACGUAUAACUGCCGAAGUCAUCAACGAAAUGGAUGAAGUUGAUAGUUUAUUGGCUGAGGACGACGACGACGACGACUUGGUGACUCCCAACAAUGCUGUGCAAGAGCAGCCUGAUGUCGAUAUGGAUAGGAAUAGUACAGAUGACCUUGAAGUGAUUAAGCCUAAUGUUAGAGUAGUGACUGGUGAUAUUCAUUCAUUCAAUGAUAUGGAUGUUGAUGACGAUGAUGCAACCGCAGAGUACACUCCUAGUCAUUUACUGACUAAUACUGCCCUAGUCAGCGAACCUGAAGAAGAAGAAGAGCAAAUAGAUGACGAAGAAGAAGUAGAAGCAGCAGCUGCUGAUGACGAGGAUGAAGGCAUUGAUGGUGAGCCACUACCAAUCCCAGCACCAUCAGGGCCACUUGUGCAAUGGAAGAAGGUGAUGAAGUCAUUCUAUCCAGAUUGGACCAUGCUAGAUUCAUCCAUGAAGGCCUUUGUCAAGUCAAUACUCAUCGAAUUGGGUAUUAAUCCAACUCAGAUUAGUGGUGAUUGGGCCGUCCCGCAAAGUCUACAUGAAUAUCUCAAUUUCAGACUAUCUGAUAAAUAUGGAAGUUGGAGUGAUGAUCCGAUAACUCUAUAUGAGAUGCCGCAGGUCGCUGAUGCUAGUGGUAGUAGUGGUAGUAAGGGUAAAGGCCUUGCUGCUCCAGCCAAAGCAGCUUCAGCACCAUUAUCAUCACCUGCAAGCAAACCUCCACCUAAAGCCAAAGCAACAUCCGCACCGAGGAAUAAAGCUAAACGUAAAUCCUCCGAGUCGGCAUCAUCAGGCAAAGAAAUAGCUUGGACUGAUCUACUCAAGAGGAAAUAUCCUGGAUGGAAGAAUCCUGGUGCAUCAACCUCAGAGUUUGUUAGCACAUGGGUCAAAAAGAAUACAGCAAACCCCAAAAAAGCCAAUGCUAGUCGUGGACCGCCUCAAUGGGCUAUACCUGCAGGUGAUAAACAGGAACUCUUUAUACGUGAUUUUGAAGCUAAAUAUGGACGUCAAGGAGGAACUCGACCUGCCUUGUUUCCUGAUGUGAAUUCUGGAGAGGACAAUGAUACGGGCAAUGAGACUGAGACUGGAAGUGUUGCUGGGAGUGUGGCUGGGAAGUCUGAUGUUGAUGUUCUGUCAGCUGUCAAGAAGCAAAAGACAGAACAAGUCGUACUGGAUGCAACAACUGGCAUAAUAGUAUCUGAUCUGUUGAAGAAAGACAUUCCAGCGUACAAGGAACUUGAACCACCCGCCGAAAUCACGAAAUUCCAAAACUGGGUUCGAAUUUGGCAAAUCUCGCAUCAUGGUCGAGUGUAUAAAAUGAAACGAGGAAUGACUGAUAAUCGACUCCAGUAUGCUAUUGCACUUGAUCAUACCGAAACAUUUAUACAAAACGUACGGGAAGCAUGGCCACAAAUGACUGGUGAUGCGACUAGUGUAGCGAAUGUUGGGCCUAUAAGUGCUGAAAGUUAUCAGGUUAUUUUGGAUGCUGGAGCUCCGUAUCAGUGUCCGAUGGAUGAAUGUGCUGAUAAUACUAGAGGAUUUCGAUCAGAGAAAGUGUUUCGUGAGCACUUGUUGAAUGAGCAUGAGCCGUUGGUGGCAGAGUAA